GGGGCGCUGGCGGCGGGGGCGGGGCCAGGGCGGGACCAGACCUGCACCGGGGCAGGCAAGAUGGCGGCCAUGGAGGCCGAGACGGCACAGCUCACCCUAGAAUCGCUGCCCACCGAUCCUUUGCUCCUCAUCUUGUCCUUCCUGGACUACCGGGACCUAAUCAACUGUUGCUAUGUCAGUCGAAGACUAAGCCAGCUCUCAAGUCAUGAUCCCCUGUGGAGAAGACACUGCAAAAAAUACUGGCUGAUAUCUGAGGAAGAGAAAGCACAGAAGCACCAGUGCUGGAAAUCUCUCUUCAUCGACACUUACUCUGACGUGGGGAGAUACAUCGACCACUACGCUGCUAUUAAAAAGGCCUGGGAUGAUCUCAAGAAGUACCUGGAGCCCAGGUGUCCCCGGAUGGUUUUGUCUCUGAAAGAGGGCGCUCGAGAAGAAGAUCUGGAUGCGGUGGAAGCUCAGAUUGGCUGCAAGCUUCCCAAUGACUACCGGUGUUCCUAUCGGAUCCACAACGGGCAGAAGUUAGUGGUGCCUGGGUUGUUGGGAAGUAUGGCACUGUCCAAUCACUAUCGCUCUGAAGAUCUGCUAGACGUCGACACAGCUGCUGGGGGCUUCCAGCAGAGACAGGGCCUUAAGUACUGCCUGCCUUUAACUUUCUGCAUACACACUGGUUUGAGCCAGUACAUAGCAGUUGAAGCUGCAGAGGGCCGGAACAAGAAUGAAGUUUUCUAUCAGUGCCCAGACCAAAUGGCUCGGAAUCCAGCCGCUAUUGACAUGUUUAUCAUAGGUGCUACUUUCACAGACUGGUUUACUUCUUAUGUCAACAAUGUUGUAUCAGGUGGCUUCCCCAUCAUCAGAGACCAAAUUUUCAGAUAUAUUCACGAUCCAGAAUGUGUAGCAACAACUGGGGAUAUCACAGUCUCGGUGUCUACGUCCUUCCUGCCAGAACUUAGCUCUGUGCAUCCACCUCACUAUUUCUUCACGUACCGAAUCAGAAUUGAAAUGUCGAAGGACGCACUGCCGGAGAAAGCUUGUCAGCUGGACAGUCGUUACUGGAGAAUAACAAAUGCCAAAGGGGACGUGGAAGAAGUUCAGGGACCUGGAGUUGUUGGUGAAUUUCCGAUCAUCAGCCCAGGUCGGGUAUAUGAAUACACAAGCUGCACCACGUUCUCGACAACGUCGGGAUACAUGGAGGGAUAUUACACCUUCCAUUUUCUUUAUUUUAAAGACAAGAUCUUUAAUGUUGCCAUCCCCCGAUUCCAUAUGGCAUGUCCGACAUUCAGGGUUUCCGUAGCUCGCCUGAUGCCAACAGUAACCCCUGUCUUAGGGGAUGUAAAAUGACUAAGUGAAAUUAUGAAGCUCCAGUUUCACGUUUUGGUAAUUUGUGCCUUUCAAGGAAUUUGUCCAUUUCAUCUAAAUGUUGAAUUUAUUGGCGUAAAGUUAUUCACAGUGUUCCCUUGAUAUCCUUUGAAUGACUACAAGAGCUGUAGUCCUAUGUCCUUUUUUGUUCUGAAUAUUGGUAAUUUACAUCUUCUCUUUGGUUCAUCACUUUUAUUGAUUAUCACUAAUUGAUCAUUUAAAGAGAAAAAGGUUGUACUAUUUCAUUGAUUUCUGCAAUUUUGUUUCUCCUACUUGAGAUUUAAUUUGCUUUUCUUCUAGUUUUUUAAGGUGCAAAUUUAGAUUGUUGAUUUUAGAGCUUUCUUCUCAGCACUGUUUCAGCAUAUUUCAUAAAUUGCGAUGUUUUCAUUAACACUUAUUCCAAAAUAGUCCCAUAUUUCCUUUGUCAAUUAAUUUUGAACUGUGGCUUUUCUAGAAAUGUGUUAAUUUCCAAACAGUUGGAGAUUACUCAGUUGUAUUUUGAUUACUAACUCCUAAUUUUAUUGUUGGAGAGCUUGCUCUGUACUUGUAAAAUGUAUUAUGGCCCAACAUUAUGGUCUGUCUUGGUGAAUGAUGCUUGCGUAUUUGCAAAGAAUGUAUAUUCUGUCAUCUGGGGGGAUGUUAUUCUAUCAGUGACAUCUCGGUUGAUUGACUCAGUGUAUUCCAAGUCUUUAUGUAUUUAUUGAGUUUUGAAGAAAUUUCCCACUAAAAUUAUGGUUUGUGUAUUUCUUUGUUUAGUUUUGCUAGAUGUGCCUCAUGUAUUUUGAAAUGUAUACUUGUAUGCGAAUAUGCUUAGAAAUGUUAUGUCUUUUUGGUGAAGUGAUUUUUUUAUCAUUAUGAAAACACCCUCUUUAGCUUUGAUACCAUCCGAUGUCCUAAAAUUUAAAGACUAUUGAGGUUUGCUUGGCAGGCAGUUGAGCUAUUGUUUGGCCGCCUUGAUCCUUUUGAGAUGUGUUUUAAUAUUUGGUAAGGUGGUUCUCAAGUAGCAUAUACUUCAUGGUAGUGGGUCUCAACCGUCCCUGGAACUCUUAAUACUGACUGAGGACACCAAAGAACUCCUGCUUUGGUGGCUUAGAUGGAUAUUCACCAUAUUAGAGACUCAAACCGAAAUUUUUCCAUAUUUACUUAUUAUAAGUUCCUUUUCAAAUUAUAAUAAUAAACUGACUUCAAGUUCA